CACGCAUGAAUCGAGGACGCCGCGGCUGGCUGAAGCUGAACGCCAGCAGCAACGGGCGAGCUCAGGCCCACGACGUCCACAGAGUCGCCGUCGUUCAUUUUGUGCAAGCGGAACUCUGACCGGCAGGGAUUAGAAACGUGCCAGAUCAUAUGUGUAUAAAGGGGGACAGAAAAGCUCAAGAUGGUUCGGGAAACCAGACACCUCUGGGUGGGAAAUUUACCCGAACACGUUCGAGAGGAUAAAAUCGUGGAGCAUUUUAAACGGUAUGGUCGUGUGGAGAGCGUUAAAGUUCUGCGGAAGCGUGGAUCAGAAGGCGGCGUUGCAGCCUUUGUGGAUUUUGUGGAUAUAAAAAGUGCUCAGAAGGCUCACAAUGCUGUCAACAAGAUGGGGGACAGAGACCUUCGAACUGAUUACAAUGAACCUGGGUCAGUCCCUAGUGCUGUUAGGGGCCUUGAAGACAGCACCCCUUCGAGCAGUCGAGACGUUACUGGAUUCUCUAGGGGAACGGUUGGUCCAGUGUUUGGCCCCCCUGUUUCCCUUCACACCAGAGAGGGGCGUUAUGAACGGAGAAUAGAUGGUAGUUCAGAAAGCCGGGAACGUGCAUAUGACCACAGCCCUUAUGGACAUCAUGACCGCAGUGGCACUUUUGACAGACAGCGUCACUACAAUGCUGAUUAUUACCGUGAUCGUUCUUUGUUUGCUGCUGCUGGCCCAGGAAGCAGUGCUUUAAGCGGAAGCUUUGAGACUUCAGACCCUCAUUUUGAUUCUCGGAUCCGGGAUCCCUUCACACUUACGAAUGCUACACGACGUGACCUCUAUAGAGAUGACAGAGGGCGACGUCUUGACAGAACUUACCAUCACCGUCGAAGCCGAUCCUCUCAUUCCUCACAGUCAAGGCACCCUUCUCCACAUCGGACCACAGGACAAACGCCCAAAACUCCUCACUCCCCUAAAAGAGCGCCUUUGUCCCCUGGAAGAGGCCCUCGAUCUGGAUCCCAUAGCAGGUCAUCCAGUUCGGAUUCUGUCAGCACCACUAGCAGCACAGGAAGUGGGAGUGAUUCAAACAGCAGCUCAAGUGACGGGUCUCGGGCACGUUCUGUUCAGUCAUCAGCGACGCACGCGCCUCCUCAGUCUUCUAUGGUGCUUGAUUCAGAGGAGCCACGCAGAAGCUUUGGAAUUAAAGUGCAAAACCUACCAGUGCGUUCCACCGAUACGAGCUUAAAAGAUGGACUUUUCCAUGAAUUCAAAAAACACGGGAAAGUGACCUCUGUGCAGAUCCACGGAGCAUCAGAGGACCGUUAUGGUUUGGUAUUCUUUAGACAGCAAGAGGAUCAGGAGAAAGCUCUGAGUGUCUCCAAAGGAAAACUCUUCUUUGGCAUGCUUAUUGAGGUCACUGCCUGGAACGGUCCUGAAACAGAGAGUGAAAACGAGUUCCGGCCCUUGGAUGGACGGAUAGAUGAAUUCCACCCAAAGGCCACGAGGACACUGUUCAUAGGUAACCUUGAGAAAACCACAGGUUACCAACAACUUCUUGAUGUAUUUCAACGCUUUGGAGAAAUUGUGGACAUUGACAUCAAAAAAGUAAAUGGAGUUCCCCAGUAUGCCUUUGUGCAGUAUUCUGAUAUUGCUAGUGUAUGCAAAGCCAUAAAGAAGAUGGAUGGAGAGUAUCUAGGAAGCAACAGACUGAAGCUUGGUUUUGGGAAAAGCAUGCCUACCACAUGUGUCUGGCUGGAUGGUUUGACCUCCAAUAUUACAGAGCAAAAUCUCACACGACACUUCUGUCGUUAUGGACAUGUAGUCAAGGUUGUCUUUGACAGGUUGAAAGGGAUGGCUCUCAUUUUAUACAACAACACAGAUUUUGCACAGGCAGCUGUAAGGGAGACAAAAGGCUGGAAGAUGGGAGGCAAUAAAGUAAAGGUGGACUUUGCCAGUCAAGAGAGCCAGAUGGCUUUCUACCGAUCCAUGCAGGCAUCAGGACAAGACAUUAGAGACUUCUAUGAAAUUCCUCCGGAACGACGAGAGGAUCGCAGACCUCCAUACCAUGAAUUUACUGCAGAGAGAGCUUACUAUGAGAAUAUAAGGACUCCUGGCCUCUAUCCAGAAGAUACUCGAAGAGACUAUGCUGUACGCAGCAGAGACCGUUUUCCUGAACUGGAACAUUAUCAGGGGGAUCACUUUGAUCCACGUUUUCAUGAAGACCCGAGAGAUUACAGGGAUUACAGAGAUGCCUUUGAGCAGGAUAUUCGAAAAUACACAUAUAUUCAGAGGGAGCGAGAAAGGGAGAGAGAACGAUUUGAGGCUGAUCGUAGCAGAUGGAGUCCUUCACAUCCACGUCGGCCCAUUACUCCUACUGUAUCCCCUUCACCAUCUGAACGUGCUCCCAGAGACACAGAGCGGAGGGUAUAUAGCCAGUCCUCUGAGCGAAGUGAGAGUGUGAGCUCACUCUCACCACCACAUUUUGACAAAGCUGAAAAAUCCCUUUUGGAACAUGCAUCAAAAAGUGACAAGACUGAGAAGAACAGUCAACCUGAGCGUGUGCCAGGUGCUGAGAAAACCAAACGUACAAAACGAAAAGAGAAAGGAGACAAAGAUAAAACUGACAAGAUUAAAUCCAGGAAACUAAAGGGACAGUCCCCAAGCAAUCCUGUAAUUGCAACAGAACUUGAAUCUGGUUUGGAUGGAGGGUCUUUAAGAGGAAAGGGAUCAGACCAAGAUGCUCAUGAGAGACAGAAAUAUAAGGGGGAUGGUGACCCUCUUAGUGGAAGUCAAAUGUCGGGAACUCAGAGUGACUCUGUAAAAACUGAAAGAAAUGAUUUGAGUAAAGUGGACAACUCUGACCUGGAUGGAAAAAAUCGUCUUAAGAAACACUUAAAGUCAGAUGCCAUUAAUGAUGGGAAAGACUCAUCAGUAGAUUCAGAUCGCCUUGCUGCAAGAAAAAGGCGUUUUGCUGAUUCCAGUGGAAGAACAUUUCGGCAGAAGAGAAGUAGGCUGGAAGAGGAACAUGGUAGUCAGGCCUCUGACCUGGGUGUCAGUGGUGUGUCUUUAAAAGAGACAGAUUCUGACAAGCAAAAAGAUUCACAGAAGAGAGAUUCAAAGCUUAAAAUUUGUAAAACUCAGAAGGAUGAUCAAGAGGAGCCCAAGGGACAGAAGGAAAAAUCAGACACAGCUAUAGACUCACUGGAGCCAAAACGGCACCCAGGGCACAGUUCAUCCAGAAGGUUUACUCAUGAGGGAACAAUAGAACCCAGCACUAAUAAAGAGCAAGAACAACAUGCAGCUCUCAAAUUUGGUUCUCAGCCUGCUGAUCAUGAUAAAUGUGCUAAGAACAAGGAAGACCACAUGGACAUUGACCUUUCUCAGAGUUAUCGCAAACAAAUGGAGCAAAAUAGAAGGAUGCAUCAGCAGCAACAGCAGCGGGAGUCUGAUAAACCUGAUAAACCAGGAAGUCCUCAAGAAAGUGAAAUGGAGGACUUGGAACAUCGCAGUCUUGUCCAUGAAGUUGGUAAACCACCCGAAGAUGUCACAGACAAUUUCCCAUCUUAUAAACUAAAGAAAUUAGAGCAGUUUGACACAGACUCUGGGAUCAAGAGGGAGCGAAUUUACAGAAGUUUUAGACAAAAAAGUGAAGAUCCUGAUUGGACCAAUACUUCCUCACCAGGACAUCAGCAGUUCCCCCAUCAUGCAGAUGAUGACUAUGUGGCUUCUUCUCAGAAAGAGUUCAGUCGAAAUGACAAAAUGCAUUCAGAUUUGGAAAUAUUGGUCAAAAGGACACACAACACUCAGAUAAACAAGCCAAACGCUCCUUUAGUUUGUGUUGAAGAAGAGCAACAAAAGAGAUGUGAGAGUAGAGUGAAGGAGAGUUUGCUGCCCGACUUGAACUUUUCUAGAAGUAAAAAUAUUCCUAGUCGCAAGCGUUUAGAAUAUGGUGUUUGUCAUGACCUGGAGCCUGGGGAAGUACGAUCAGACUCUGAAGAGGACAGAGAAAUGAAACCCCAGUCACCUGUACCCUCAACAUCUGUGCCUUUACCUGAGAGGCCAAGGGUAGACCGAUUUACAGACGCUAAACUUGCACAUCUUGAAAGGAACAAAUUUUACUCUUUUGCACUUGACCAGACCAUCACACCAGAUACAAAGGCUCUGCUUGAACGUGCAAAAUCUUUGUCAUCAUCCAGGGAAGACAACUGGUCAUUCUUAGAUUAUGACACUCACUUUGCAAGCUUUAGAAACAGAAAAGAUACAGAGAAGGUAGAAUCCACACCAAGGCCUACACCUUCCUGGUAUAUGAAAAAGAAGAAGAUUCGAAGUGGCUCUGAAGACAAACUUGAUGACAGGAAAGAGGAGCCUAAGCCAGAGGAACAGGAACGCAGAGAACUAUUUGCCUCCCGCUUUCUUCACAGUGCCGUGUUUGAGCUUGACUCAAGGCGACUUAAACACUUGGAACGCAAGCAUGAAGAACCUGAGCACACACACAACCAUCAGUCUGGGCAGCAAGGGACAGCUGAUGGUGAAGUUGACUCUGGGCCAGUUGUCUUGUUCCAUAGUCGUUUUUUGGAACUUACACGGUUACAGCAACAGAAGAAUAAAACCCAGCCAUUGGAAGAAACCAAAAAAGACACAAUUACAACAGAUGCUAAUAAAAUCGAAAAAGCACCUGAGGGGCGAACAUUCCAGUCAAAUGAAACAACAGAAUCUAUCACAGAACCAGAAAUUAAACCCAUUAGCCCAGCUGACGAGCCAAUAUCUGAACCACGGCUCACACCUAUUGUCAUCCAGGCUGUGGUCAAUGACACGACUCCACAAGAAGAUAAAGGCAUUGUGAUAAAUCCAGUCUCAGAGCCAUAUCUGCCGGAGUCUUUCAUAAAGGAAGAUGUGAAGGAAAAUAAACUUGUACUCGCAUGUCAUCCACCAUCUGAGAUGGCACCUGUUCCAGAUCCUGUACCUGUACUGGCACCAGAACACAGUUGUUCAUUGGAUCAAGUUGAUUUGACACACUUUGAUGGGCCAUCUGCUACUUUUAUUGAAAAUGUAAAACCUCUGUUUGCAGAAAAACUAAUCCACCAUGAUUCUCAUGAGCUUAUUAGUAGUUGCAAACCAGAGGUUGAUCCUGAUACAACACAUCCAGAAGUACCUGAUAAUACUAGCCCUUUGCUACCUCAUCUUAAAGAUGAGGAUAUCCUCAAGAAAGAGGACUAUUACCCAGAUAAAGCAGUAGUGGAGUCUGAAGAAGAAAAGAAAAUUCAAAUCUGCAAAGGACAAAUGCCUCUUGAAAAAGACACCAGUGAAGAGGCAGUGCCACCUCAGAAAGAACAUAAAACAAAAGAAGUAAAGAGUAAAAAGCACAAACAAUCAGCUGCUCCAGUUACUCCUGUCACAAGCAUUUCCACCCAUGUUUCUGAGAAACAAGCAACACGUAAGAGUGAGCGCAUUGACAAAGAGAAACUGAAACGUGGGUCAUCUCCAAGAGCUGAGACUUUAAAGGCUAGUUCAGAUUCUAAAGCCACCGGCAAGUCCCCUAUUCAUGCACCGGAUACUGACAUUGUGGAGCAGAGCAUAUCACUGAGCAGAGGGCGGCGGAGAAAUGUUAAAUCGGUUUAUGCAACCCCAGUAGAAGAUGAUGCACCAGUGCGUAGUGGAAAGGAAGUUGUAGAGUCUCCACGCUCUGCACGAAAGCGUGGUACAGACAAAGAUGCAACACUGCAGCAAAAUAUGGAACAGGAGCCUCCUGCUCCAACACCCCCAACUAAAAGGGGUCGUCCUCCAAAGAAUCGCAGACAGGCUGAUGAAACUUCAACAGUAAAAGUAGAAAAAUUAAAAAUUGACACAAAAGACACAGACUCAAAUGAAUCUGAAUGUGGUGAAAGAAUUCGAGGCUUCAAAGGAAAACAUUCCCCUAAUGUCACGAAGGGUACAUCAAUUCAAAUGUCUGUAGCCACAGGAACUGGAGAUAUGAGGAAGGGUGAUAAAAUUGUGCUCACUGAGGAAGAUGAUCGGGAAAUUUUUUUUACAGAUGAGGACACCUUGGCUUCACAAGACCUUUCAGCUUCAAGUAAAGAAGGUCCAUCAAUGUCAGUUGACCAAAAAAGAGAAGAGAGAGAUAAAGAGAAGAGUACCAUACAGGAAAAAACUUUGGAGAAUAAAUCAAAUGGGAAAGAGACAGAUUCAGGACUCUUUGAAGAGAAACCUAUUUCAGAAAAAGAUACAACUGUUAAAGGAAAAGCCAAGUUGACAAAUACUCCCAAGUCUCCUGUCCUCAAGAACCUCAAAAUCAGAUUAAAUGUCACAGAGGUGAAAGAUCUUCUUCAGUUAGGUGAUGAUGAGUUUGGAAAUCAAGAUGAUUCUUCAAAGAAGUUGAGACCAGGUGAUCACACUGAUCAUUAUUCAAAGUGCAAUAAUAACAAUAAUAGAGGGGGGACAAACAAUGAAGAAAAAGAAAAUGCUGCUCUGGAAAGAAAUGAACCACUAGAGUCAACAGAAUCCUUAAUUUCGCAAGAGCUGGAAUUGGAGCAGGCAGUGGAGAAUAUUGCCAAACUUACAGAUCCAAUCACAGAGCCACUUAUGCAACAUGCAGAAAUCACAGAGGUAAAGUGUGAUUCAGAGGAAGAAAAGCCAUCUAAUCCUGCUAGUGAAACAGAACUUAUGGCUGCUAUUGACUCAAUUACAGCUGAAGAUGCAACUGUGUCCUUGGCCCAAGCACCUCCAUUGACUAGUGCGGAAGUAGGUUCAGAAUCAAAGAUGCAAGAAUUAAUUCAACCUGUCAAGGAAGAUGAACCUGAACCAAACAUGUCAACUAAAGAAGAACCUCAAUACACAACCACGCAGAAAAAGAGUACCAGAGGAAGGCCUCGGACUCCUAAACGUUCUAAAGGCCACCGACAAGUAAAGAAGGACUUGAAGGAAGAGCGUUCAUCAAUAGAGGAUUCCACAGGUCUUGUAGCAGGUGAAACACCUAAUAUAAAGAUUGUUCCAGAGCCACAGCCAUCAUCAGCAACAGCUGCUGUUAUCACUCCAUCAACAUGGAAAUCAGAACCAGAGUCUUCAGCUGUCAAUGCUUCUGAUGCAAAUACAGAGAGAGAAUCAUCUUCUGAAGAGCAGCUUCAACAUUUGAAAUCUUUGUGCCGUCAGGCCAAGAGUCCAGUCUGCCCAAGGCCUCAGCAGAUUCCAUCUGAAUGCAUCUCCCCUUCGUUGUCUCCACUUGCCAACAAACCAAAUAUUAGACCCCUUCAAACAAAUAGAACUCCUGUUUCUCCACCUGAUUGCCAGAAUCAUUCUAAAGAUACAGGCAUUUCCCCUUCACCUGUUGUGCCAGUAGCACCCAAGGACUCUGACUCUGAAAACAUGGCUGUUGAGCAAAGCACCAGUGACUUGAGACAGAUUCUCAUGAAAAACAAGAACAUUUCGCUGGCAGGUAACAGUUCUAUUCCAAGUAAUGUACUUACUAUUAGAGAGCACAGUCCAACUGAAAGCAAUCCUGCAUCAGGUGUUAUACCAAAUAAAUCACCACUUCCUGAAAGUAGAAUCCCUGCUCCUCAAGUUCCACCUAUCACUCGACCUCCAGCUUCAUUACAAUCUCCUGAGACCAAGUCUGUCAUUUCUGUUAUUGCAUCCACUGCAACAUCUGUCAUUAGUCGUGUGUGCAAUCCUCCUGACUCUGAGGACAAAAUGAAUGUGAAUAUUGUCACUCCCUGUGUGGAUAUGGCUGUUCCUAAACAACAUUAUAGGUCCAGUAAAGAUGAUACUGGCAUAUACCAUGGUCCCUCUAUUAGUGAUGAAGGUAGAACUUCUGCACGCUUCAUUGUUGAGAGUUCCACACUCACUACAGGACCAUGUUCUGGUCUAAGGGUAAACACUUCUGAAGGAGUUGUAGUAUUAAGCCAUUCUGGUCAGAAAACUGAAGGACCACAGCGGAUAAGUGCAAAAAUAAGUCAGAUCCCACAAGCAACAGCAGGUGAUAUGGAGUCUCAGCAGCUGGUAUCCAUGCCUCAGAUUAAGCAGGAAAUGUAUGCUCACUCUCAGUCAGGACUUCCAAAAGGGUCUUCAUCCCAAACAGAUCAUGGGCAUCCUGGUAAGAUGCCAUCAGCAAUGUCUUCAAUUAAACAAGAGUCAGGUUUGGAAAAGAUGGACUCCACAUACCAAUCUGGACCUCAAGGAGUAGUGAAGCGUCUUACACAAGGAGUUGGUAAUCAGCAAGUAAUGAGUUAUCACCAAGAAUAUAUGACGAUGAAACAUCAAAAAAAAAUGGAGAGUACUGAUCCUCACAGCACAGAUGGGGCUAAGCAGUCUUGGACCUCUGCUAUAAGUCCUGCUAUAAGCCCCCACUUGCCUUCUCCACCUGGUAACCAUGUAGGUUAUGUUACUUCAUCAAACAUCAAACAAGAGCCGCGCUCCCCACGAAAGUCCGGUCACCCACACGCCCAAUUUACGAAAAUGUCCUCACCUAUUGGCUCUUCAUCACCUAAGGGCAUACCAGUGAUGUUGUCUUCUGGACUUCCUGCCAUGCAGCAGUUUAUUACUGGUGUGCAUCAUCCAGAACAGUCAGUUAUCAUGCCUCCCCACAGUGUGCCAGGAGGUUUAGGACGGAUGUCUCCACACCGUGUUACACAGUCAAUUUCAGUUGGGCAUCUUGUUCAAGGAGAUGUUCGGGUCAAUACUCCACCUCUGUCAGUGAUGAGUUAUGGAAUACACAGUGAGUCUCUGCCCUCUCCAUGGUCUGGCCCAAUGCAACAACGACCUACUUCACCCCAAGCUGUUGGGAGGGACAAAGUUGUCAAGGUAAAUCCCAGUUCUGUAAGGAGCCAUGAUGGUGAACAAGAAGAAGCCAGGCGCUUCCACCAGGCUACUGGAAGACAAUCCGCCACAAAAUCAGAGGCUAUGCCUUCAGAUCCUCGUGGAUCCAUGCGCAGUGGUGUCCAUUUGGAAGCAUACAUGACGCAAAGAGAUAUGCGUGUGCUUUUGCAUCAACAAGGGGAGCGCUCUGCUUCAGACUCUCAUUCUGGACUCAUUCAAGAGACUCUAACCCCCUCAUCAACCCCUUCCAACAUUCCUUUAGCCUUGUCUCCAAGAGCCCAUGUUCUGCCUACAGGAGUAUCUGAAAAGGAUGCUGCAAAGCCAUUGGAGACGAAAAGGCCCCACUCCCCUCUUCCUAAGGAUGGAUUGGUGGGGAUUCGACAAUCUGUACCAGCAGUGCCAUCUUCCCAGAGAGUCCAACUAAUGCCACCAGGGCCAAGUGGUUCGUUCCCAGAGUAUUCAGGGAUGUAUUCCAACCAAAGAGGCAUCCAUUCUCAAAUUCAAGACACAUCUCCUGUUGGGGUUAGUCAGCCACCACUGAAUGUCAUACCAGUCAUUGGUGGUGAACUCCAAGGAAAAUCAGAUGGCAAGAUGACGCAGCCUGUUAAUAUGGUGCAGUUACUCACAAAAUACCCAAUUGUGUGGCAAGGCCAUUUGGCACUGAAGAAUGACACAGCUGCAGUUCAGUUACAUUUUGUCUGUGGCAACAAAGCUUUGGCCCAUCGAUCGCUACCCCUACAAGAAGGAGGUGCAUUGCUCCGAAUAGUCCAGAGAAUGAGACUCGAGGCAUCACAACUGGAAAGUGUAGCCAGAAGAAUGACGGGGGACACUGAUUUCUGCCUUCUCCUUGCUCUGCCAUGUGGACGAGAUCAAGAUGAUGUCCUGAACCAGACGCAGUUUCUUAAAGCUGCCUUUAUUAACUAUUUGCAGACGAAGUUAGCUGCUGGUAUCAUAAAUAUCCCUAACCCGGGUUCCAAUCAGCCUGCUUAUGUGCUCCAGAUUUUCCCGCCAUGUGAGUUUUCAGAAAGCCAUUUGUCACAGCUCGCUCCCGACCUUCUCAACAGGAUCUCCAGCAUCUCGCCACACCUCAUGAUUGUGAUCACGUCUGUGUAACAUUCAUUGCUGGGACAGACUCGUCCAUGCGUAUUGUUGCUGAUGGGCUUCAAAAAAACGGAAUACAAGUAGUUUUUUUUUUUUUCUUCUUCUUCUUCUUCUUCAACCCUACCCUGGACAUUCCCCUGGAAAAAUACCUGAUCAACAGUUUGGAUUUUUUAUUUUUAUUUUUUUUUUUUUUUUUUUCCUUUUUUUUUAGUCACACUUGUCUGGUAUUUUUGUCCUUCUCAAAAGAACUCAGGGAUGGACCAUACCAGAUUCGGUCUUAUUUGACAGUUUCUCUGCUGUAAUUCUAUUUAUUUAACUUUUUAAUGUUCUCAGAUGCUCUGAAGAAGGAAGAAAACAUGACAUUUGAACAUGAGUGUGGCCUUUUUUUUUUCUUCGUUUUUAAUGGUUAUUCAUUUAUUCAAAAGAGGAUCAUGGAGGCUGUUGUACUGCAACAGCUAGAGACAUUGUUACAUCAUGUACAUUUGAAUAAUUAUGUACAGACUUCCAUGCUCAGAAAUUCUUUGGAAGAAGAAUUAUUUUGUGACUGAGGACCAUGUUUUAACAGCUUUUAAUUCCACCAGCUCUGCUCAUUUUCACACUACUGAAGCAGUUACAGCUUUGGCCUUGAACAUGCUCCAGUUGGGAGUUUUUGGACUAUUGGACUCUGUAAAUAUUUUAAAUAUUUAAACUUUAACAGUGGAACUCUAAUAACUGAGUGUUCUCGGGAUUUUGAGAGUGAAUUCCUCCCUUUGAUUAUGGGGGCAGCAGGGGUGGGUUGUAAAUACUUCUAAUGCAAAAAGGUUGGCAAACUUCUGAGUCUGCUGAUGGCACUUCAUAUUUUGUAACUCAAUAAAAAUCUCCAGAGUAUAAAA